UCGUUUUGAGUCUUGAUACGAUGGGUUCAAAUAAUAAAAAAUAUUAAGAGUAGCAUCGACAGCCGACGCUGACUUUAUUUAUUUAAUGUUUAAAACAUCAUCAUCAUCAAGUAUUUUAUAUGAAAAAAGUUCACUUCUCAUAUUAUGCAUCAUAUAAGUUAUUCAAUUACUUUAUUUACUAAUUAAAAGUUACAAGUUAGAUUAAAAUAAUAAUAAAGUAAAAUGAAUUUACAAACGGAAACGCUUUCAAGGAAAGGAAAGCAUGUUGUAUGUAUGGCUUCGGAUUUCUUUUAUCCAAACACUGGUGGAGUUGAGGAACACAUUUACAAUCUAUCUUUAUGUUUGAUAAAACGUGGUCAUAAAGUUAUUGUGAUAACGCAUUGUUAUGGAGAACGUGUAGGAGUCCGGUAUUUAACCAGAGGCUUAAAAGUAUAUUAUUUGCCUAUUAGAGUUUUUUAUAGCCAAUGUGCUCUCCCAACUAUGAUUUGUAAUAUAGCUAUUGUCCGUUAUAUUUUGAUACGAGAGAGUAUCAGCAUUGUUCAUGGACAUUCAGCUUUUAGUGUACUUGCUCAUGAAGUCUCUAUAAUAGGAAAAUUAAUGGGACUCAAAACUGUUUUCACAGAUCACAGCCUAUUUGGUUUUGCUGAUAUGUCUGCAGUAUUAACUAAUAAAUAUUUACAAAUGUGCUUGUGUGAGUGUGAUCAUUGCAUAUGUGUGUCACAUACAGGAAAAGAGAAUACAGUGCUUCGAGCAAAAGUUAAGGCCCAUAAAGUAUCUGUUAUACCAAAUGCUGUUGAUGCAUAUUCUUUUACCCCAGAUCCUAGUCAAAGAGAUCCAAAUUAUGUUACAAUUGUAAUUGUUUCUAGACUAGUUUAUAGAAAAGGUGUAGAUUUAAUAGCUGCUGUAAUAGCAGAUAUGUGUCCCCGCUAUCCUAAUAUUAGGUUUAUUAUUGGAGGAGAUGGUCCUAAAAUGUGGUUAUUGCAAGAAGUAAGAGAGAGAAAGGGCUUUCAGCACUGUGUUACACUACUUGGUAGUCUUAAGCACUCGGAAGUGAGAGACGUGUUAGUUAAAGGUGACAUAUUCUUGAAUACAUCCUUAACAGAAGCAUAUUGUAUGGCUAUUGUUGAAGCUGCAUCUUGUGGUCUAAAGGUUGUUUCAACCAAAGUUGGUGGUAUACCUGAAGUACUGCCGGAUGAUAUGAUUUAUUUAGCUGAACCAAAUGUUUGUAGUAUAAUAAAUAGCUUGGAAGUAGCCAUAAUGGAUAUAAAAGAUGGACACUUUGUAUGUCCAUAUCAGUGCAAUACAAAUGUUAGGACUAUGUAUAGUUGGAUGGAUGUUACAAGAAGAACAGAGAUUGUAUAUGACAAAAUCUUGCUCAAUAAAAAUAAACCUUUAGGUUUGCAGUUAAAAAGCUACCUAUCCUGUGGGGUGUGGCCUUUUUUGUUAGUCAUAAGUUUAAUGUAUUUAUUGUUGCAAUUAGUGGAAAGAGUAUACAAAAGGAAACAUAUUGAUAUAGCUAGGGAUUUGAAGUUAUGAUGUAAAUAUAUAUGUUAAGUAUGAUUUUGUAAUUUAACAAGUGUGGCUUUUUUAGUUAGACAGACUUAGUACAAAUAUACCAAAAAAUACUUCAUAAGAAAAACACCAGGUCAUACAAGUUUAUUGUAUACUAAUAAAAACUAAUUUAUAUACAUAGUUUGUUAAAUGGUUUUUUUUAUAUUAAAAGUCUAUUAA